AUGAGACUGCUGGUCCUGUGGGGACUGCUGCCCCUGUUGGCCUACUCACACCCUUUGGGACGGACCUCUACCGAUGAUGACCUGGCUCAGAUCAAGUCCUUGCUGGAGCGCUUUGAGGAGACCAUGUCCCAGCUGGCCCAGGAGCAAGACUCUGAACCAGACUACGGCGCGGCCAACCGGGAAGCGUUGUGGGACGUGGAGCAGCAGGACCGAGACCGGGACCCCGUGACGCCGGACCGAGCCUCGCCGCUCUCUGAAGCCCAGAGCCGGGCCAUGAGUCAGAGGAGCCGCCUCAUGGACCUCCUGCUGAGCGCCAGGAAGCGCACGUCAGGCUGCUUCGGCGCCAGGAUGGACCGCAUCGGCAACGCCAGCGGUCUGGGCUGCAACAACGCCAAAGGUCAACACUAA